GACAAAGAAGAAGAGAAGACGAAGAUGUUGUGGAGUAGCAAACAUGGCGUCCUCCGGUGAGUUAGCCAACAAAGCUACUUCUGCCUCAGAAGUGGAUGUGUUAUUGCACCCUGAGCUGCUAUCUCAUGAUUUUCUCCAGCUCAUUUUAAGUGAGAAAAGGGUCAACAUCAGAGAUUGCGGGGGUCGGGACCAACUCGUAGACCUUUACAUACGACAUGUUAUCCCCCGGCCCCAGCGGACGUUACCGAACAAUCGCUGGGGAAAGAGGAUGGCGAAAGCCCGAGGAAAAUCGACGGCAUCUAACGUGAGGGCAGAAAGGGACCACCUUAAUUCCUCUGGAUUACUAAAACCGAAGAAAAUGGAGACCACCACAAUGUCAUCAGGAGUCACCGAUCGACUAAAACCUCCUCCGGCUGUAAACUUGUCCAACCCUAUUCGCAGACUUUCUGGUAGUUCAUCAUCAUCAACAUCAUCAGCUUCCUCUUACAGCAAAACCUCUUCACAAAGCAUUGACACAACAAGCCUCAAACGGGAGGCAAACAGCUCGGGUGUUCUAAAGUCUCCAGAGGUGAAGAAAAAGAUCCAGCAUGUGACUUGGCCGUGACAUCUGACCCCUACUCAUUAACAAGUAUAGAAUUUGAUUUUAUAAAAUUCCAGGUCUGGAAAAGUAUGGCAAAUGGAAAAACGUUCAUGUUUCCAAGACUGUUACCACUGUUGUAUUUUCAAAAAGAUAAAAUUAUGAAUAACUUCACAAGAAAAAGAAAUUGAUUGAUUUGUUCUUGUAAGGUUAGGUUAACUGGUGACUGUAAAUUGCCCAUAGGUGUGAAUGUGAGUGUGUUGCUCUCUAUAUGUGCCCUGCGAUUGGCUGACAACCAGUCCAGGUUGUCUCUCAACCCCCACAACACUAAGUGAGGACAAGCAACAGAAAAAGUUUUUCUAAGGCGCAGGCUAGAACUGCUAAGAUGUUUGUGUCAGAGCACACAGUGGGCGACGCAUCCCGGAAAACAUCUAGAAAGUGUAUGGAAUUUUGAAAUGUCAAAUCUGUAGGGACCCUGCAGAGUGCAUCAGUCCUUUCAAAUCAACACUAAAUGUUAUUGUGCUUCCAUUACAGUAUUUUUUGCCUUCCCUCUAUGACAUAAAAUAAAGUCUAACAAGUGUUUAGUAGUUGUUAAUGUAGCUGUUUACGAUAAUACAAACUUUACUUUUAGGUGUGGAUCAUCUUGUCUAGAAUGAAAACAUGUUUAUUUGAUUCAUUCUUUCUACUUCAACCUCAGUGAGGUUAAUUGUUUUAAAUGGGUUUUUUGUGCUAUAUAGUACAUAUAAUAUUGAAAAGCAAUGUACAUCACACUGAUAACGAUGGAUAUGAAAUAGUUAAAAAAAACAUGAACUUUAAAUGUUGGUCCCUGUUUUCAGUUUUGAUGGACUUUAGAUUUAAGAUCUUUUCAAAAUCAGAAAUGGCAACAUUAUAUUUGU